GAGGGUGCACAGGUUUCUGAAUGGUGCUGAGAAGUUUCUCUUGAUUGGAAUUAGGUCUCUAGCACAAGAGCAUUGUCUGCUCACUUUAAGGAAGACCCCGAAAAGCCCCUCGCUACAGUGUGAUCUCUGAGCAGGGCCCUCGUGAACUGCACACGGGACUGGAGCCAGCAAAAGACCUGUUGGUCAAUUAAAUUGUGAACUACUCUGCGGAUACAACAUCCAUGAUACUAAUACACCUGCUGCUCUAUGGCUGGCUGGCGACAAGUUGCUGGUCCGUGCUUGUGACCGUACAGGACACUCAGCGAUACACCAUGUUGUUCUCCAGUAUUAUCCUCAAGUGUGAUUACAGCACGUCGGCACAACUGCAAGACGUGGCGGUCACGUGGCGCUUCAAGUCCUUCUGCAUGGAUCCUUUGUUUGACUACUAUUCAGCUGCUUAUCAAGCCGGCUUAGCGCUUAAUCAGGAUCCUUCCAAUGACUGUAAUGACCGACAGCGGGAGGUGCGAAUUGUAAUACAGAAGCGAGGACAGAAUGAAGCUGUGCUGGGUAUGGAUUAUCGGCAGCGCAAAAUCACCAUGAGGGAUAAGGCUGACCUAGUUAUCAAUGAAGUGAUGUGGUGGGAUCAUGGAGUCUAUUACUGCUCAGUAGAGGCUCAAGGUGACACAGCAGGGGACCCUGAUAAAGAAGUGAAGCUCGUUGUGCUACACUGGCUAACGGUGAUAUUCAUCGUUCUUGGAGGGCUGCUGCUGCUUCUUUUUAUCUCGAUUUGCUGGUGUCAGUGCUGUCCCCAUUGCUGUUGCUGCUACGUCCGGUGUCCCUGCUGUCCAACUAAAUGCUGCUGCCCAGAAGAAGCCCUUGCCCGACAUAGAUACAUGAAACAGGCGGAGAGUCUGCUGCCAUGGAUGGUUGAUAAGAAUAUGUUUGCAGGAGCUGACAGAAAUUCUCAGAAUUCUUCUUAUCAGCUAAACCCUCUUCUUCAACGAGAUUUUUCAUUGCCUCAUAAUGCACCAAUGGUCAGACAACAACACUACCCAUCUUCCAAUAACAGAGUUCUAGAUUUUCUAGAAUCUGAACUCAAAAACCUUAAUACAGCGCAGCCGCUUCUUGCUGGCGCUCAAUACAGUGGAGCAAGCCAUCACCCUAGUAUGUUGUCGUCUCUCGGUGAUGUUGGGGUACGAGAGGUGGAACGUAGAGUAAUUCAGCUUCCUCCCAUUGUAGAACAUAUUGUAAAUUCCCAGAGACCCAGCAACUCUUCUCAACAGCGUAGAAAUAUGGGUUCUUGGGAUCCAUUGUAUAGUGAGCAAGACAGGAGGAGGAACAGAGCUUUGGAUACUUCAUAUUCAACAGAGAGUGAUUGGAGGGCACAUGACCGUCUACGAGAUGAUAGACCUUAUGGGCAUAGGAGAGAAACUCAAAGUAGUAGCCGCCCACGAAGAGAUCAUUCCCCCCAGCGUAGACAUGAUUAUGAUAGUUAUAGUGAUCAUUCAACUCAUGGGGAUGAUCGUGGUCGUUCACAUAUAAGAACACGGUCUGCAGAGAGGAGAAGGUCACCAGAGAGAGGAGCACAAAGGUCAGGAAGAAGAGGUAGCCCAGAUCAAUAUUCAAGACCCCGGGAGCAGAGGAGGGGCCCUUCUCCACCACAUCGACGGGAUUCCUGGAGCUCAGUAGAUGAGAACUUGCAUGUCCGAGGACGAAGCGAAAGACCCCAGCGCUCUUAUGAGUGGCCAGAGGAAAAACCUCCCAGCUAUAAAUCAUUAGAUGUAACUACAGGGAAAACCCCAAGGCAAAUCGUAGGAAGACAGUCGGAUCGUGCAAGUUCUAGGAGUGGUAGGAGUAUGAUGAUUUAAGUAGGAAAACCUCAUGCAAUGUCUGGAGGUAAUCGUACAGUUCCUGGGAGUGAGCCAGCUGCUUUUAAAACAGCGAUGGAAUCCAUGGACAUAAAAGCUGUAGAAGAAAAAAAAACACUUGACGGAAUCCAUUUUCUACUCUAGUAUUUUUAUACAUUUUUUAAAAUUGUUGUUUGACGCAAAGGAAUAAUGUGACUAAGCACAGUUUACUGUAAAUAUUGCAUAUAAUAACGCCUUGUAUAGAACAUUUUAAAGAUAAAGAACACAUUCUUACUUUUUGUUGUAUUAAACCUGUUGUACAUUUUAUGUAAAUAAAUAGGGUACAUUUGGAGGAA